CAUCAUUUGAACAAAAAAGUUCCCAUAUAGGAAAUAGGGGGUGCAUGCAUUUUACGGCAGGGCGGAUUUUGUGCCUGCCGAGAUUUGCAUGCACCCCUAUUUGGACUAAGAUAACUUCUACAUGUCUAUAGUUCACAUGAUUUACUUUAAAGACAUCCAUCUCUCAUGUGGACUUCAUCUUUGGACCAAAAAAGUUGUCUUCAGUUUGCUCAGUGUAUCCUAGAAGACCAGCCCCUGACCUUAGAUACCAGCAAAGGGGCUGUCAACAACAUGCGAGAAGAGAUUGCCAAAACUCUUCUCCGUGAAUCAGAAUCCCUCAAGAACCUGUGCCACCAUUGUGGGUCUGAGGAAACGGACGACAUGCUAUGGAUUGGCUGUGACAACUGCAGCAGGUGGUACCACCACAGUUGCUUAGGUCAGCCACCACUUGAUGCGGACUAUCUCUGUCCUCUCUGUCUGUAAGGCGGGCAGAAGACCAUUGAGUGUGUGUUUAUGUGUUUUGCUGAUGGAUCAUGUAUAUUUCUCUACUGUAUAUAGUUUAAAACAAUUUUCACACAAUUCAAAUAUUUUCAUAUAAAGUUUUCGUAUAAAACAUU